UGGUGACAAUCUGCUACAAGCAGAGGUAAGUAUCAGCAGAUGUAGGAAUAGGGUGGUCAUGAAGGCAGUUGCCAUGGAAACAGCAGAUGACAGCAGUAGCCAGACUAGUGAGGGUAUCGUGAAUGUGCGUGUUUUUGUUCCGGAGCUCCAUCUUGAGAAGUGUUUUCAGUUUCACCAAGACGAGUUGGUGUGGGAUGUCAAACAACAAGUUCUGUCCUCUCUACCGAAAGACCUGAACGAUAGUGUAAACUAUGGUUUGUUUAUGUUACCAAAGAACGGGAAAGCAGGAAAAUUUCUAGAUGAAGAGAGGUUACUAACGGAAUAUCCAUUGAUUGAUACUGUGGGUUAUCUUGAACUGCGAUAUAAACGCCGUGUUUCCAAGAUGAUGAACGCUGAUGACAAGCAAAAUAAGCAACUACACACACGGGCAACUUUUCGUCGAAUGAUUGACCAUGUAACUAAUGGAAAUGUUGAUAAAGUAAGCAAGCUAUGUGGUAAAGGGCUAGACCCGAAUUUUCACUGCCCAGAGAGUGGAGAGUCUCCUUUGAUGCUUGCUACUGCACUUCCUCAACCAGCUGCUGUGUUAAUGGAACUUGUCAAUGGAGGGGCUCAUUUAGAUUUCAGAAUGAAAGAUGGGAGAACAGCACUUCAUCGUGCAGUAGAGAGAGACAAUUACGAGGCUUUAAAGAACUUGCUUGACCUUGGAGCCUCACCAAAUUAUAAAGAUAACCGGGGUUUGACUGCUCUCUACUUCAGUGUUUUUUAUGGCCGUGAUGCAAAGCUGACAGAAAUUUUGUUACGUGAUCAUGCAACUUUUGGGAUAGCUGAUCAUCAAGGAUGGCAAGAAGUUCACCAGGUUUGGAACUGAGUGGAUUGUAAAACGUUUCUUUAUUAUUUAGAAAUGAUUAAUAUUGUUG